CAAAUUUGGCCUCAGACACCAGCUGUGUGACCCUGGGCAAGUCACUUCACCCCCAUUGCCUAACCCUUACCGCUCUUCUGCCUCGGAGCCAAUACACAGUAUUGACUCCAAGACGGAAGGCAAGGGGUUAAAAAAAAAAAGAGUUUUAAAGUCUUUUUCUUUACCACUACCAGGCUUGGCUUACGGCUAGGCGCUGAUCACCAGGGUUGGAUUGGUGCCGCUAAUAGGCAUUACAUUGCCUCCAAUCAAUGGGACGAGGUCGUAGAAUCGACCAAUUGGGUUGCGAGGCGGGCGGGGCCGUUGCAUUUUGGCGGUUUGACUUUAACAUGGCGAACGCGAGUGGCAGUAACGGCGGCGGCAGCAGCAGCAGUGAGGUGAUGGGAGGCGAGGUGCCGUCCCUGGCGGAGGAGUCUGCCACUCACAUCCCGAAAGUAAAGCUUCUGGACACCGUGGUGGACACUUUUCUUCAGAAGCUAGUGUCCGCCGGAAGUUAUGAGCGAUUUACCAAGUGUUACAAGCGCUUCUACAAACUCCAGCCUGAAAUGACACGACUAAUCUAUGACCAGUUUAUAACUCAAUUGCAGACAUCCAUCCGGGAAGAAAUUUCCACAAUCAAGGAAGAAGGGAAUCUAGAAGCUGUUUUGAAUUCCCUUGAUAAGAUUGUGGAGGAGGCUAAGGACCGAAAGGAACCAGCAUGGCGCCCCAGUGGGAUUCCUGAAGAUGAUGUGCGCAGUGCACUGAUGCCCUACUUCUUACAGCAGAAGUCAUCCUUGAAGCGCCUGGUCCAGGAGCAGGAGAGGGAGAAUGUCAAACUGGCUGAAAUGGUCCUGGAAGGGCGGAAGCAGGUGCUAGAGCUACAGCAACAGAUUCAAGCCAGGAAGCAGGCUUGGCAGGCUCUUAGCAAAAAGCAGAGAGAGCUGGCAACAGUGCUGGAAGACCCAGAGUGAGAAGGCCAGCCAGCUGAACUUCUGAUCCUCGAAAGGCUCCUUGUCUCUGGCUUUGGAGGGAUCAUCUAGACAAAUUAAGCUUAGUGAGGACCCCUGCAGACAGAAUCCACAGGGGCCGAACUUUGGGGGGGGAAGCUGGUUAAGAAAAGGGCUCUAAAGUGCCCACUGACCCCAGAGCAGUGAAGGGAUCAGCAGAAGUCGAGGAUGGAAAGUCUCCUCCAUGUGUUUUGGGCUUCCUGGGCACCACUCAUCCUGCUCGUCCGCCCCAUUUGCCAUUUCCUUCUGUUUCCAUGCUACUUUGGAGUCAGAUGGGUGAGGAGUUUUCACUCAUCUUGUGUUGGAUUUUAAUAUCUCUUUCUUCACACACACACACAGUUGCUUCCCCUUCUCACGUGCCUCUCAGUCCAGACUGCCCCAGCCACAGAGUUUUUGAAUCCUCUAAUCAUAGAAUCUGUUUCCAAUCUCCACUGAUUGCUGCCUUGCUGGCCAGGCUGAUGCCCUGUCAUGUUCUCCCCACAUCUGUAAAUAAACUUCCUAUACUACACUGUCAUCUCUCCGCUCCCAAGAUGUUUGUCCCGGUUGGCCUCAGCUGCCCCAGACUGGGUCCCUAGGCCAACAUGGAGCAUUUGGAUGCUCGACCUUGAGUUGCUUUUGCAAGUAGGACAGCCUCCUGGCUCCAGUGGGUUUUCUCAGUCUAUAGAAUCUAAAGCCCCCCGGCUAGGAGAUGGGAUGCACCUUAACUCUCGCCCUGAUACUAGAACCUCUGGGGCUCUCUCAGCCUUGGUCUCCAUCCCAGAGACUAGAGACAGGCCAUUUUGUCGGCUUGUCCUACCUUGACCCUCACCCUCUUUUCCUAUUUCGUGUCUGGGCUGCUUCAGAAUAAAUCUACAUAACUUACAUAUCUCAUUGUAGGGGUGUAUACAAAUAAAAAUGUGUUGUGUAUACAGAUAAAAAUAAGUUGAUGGUCUCUAAAA